AUGGCUGCGCUGACACCUCAAAAUGAGCCAAAGGUGGCCGAGUAUGCUGGAGAUGAAGUAUCCGCCCUUGUUCUCGACCCUGGCUACUCAAGUGUACGCGCUGGCUUCGCUGGCGAAGACACCCCGAAAUCGAUAAUACCCAGCUAUUAUGGCGAUACAGGGGACCCUGCAAACCCAAGACUAUUCGGCGAUCAUGUCAUUGACCGCCCCCGGGAGAACAUGGCCAUCAAAAACCCACUGAACAAGGAUGGAUUGGUGGAGGAUUGGGACGCUGCGGAAGCACUAUGGCUACACUCCUUUGCUGCUAAAUUGACAGGUCUAAGACCGAACAAGGCCUUGCAGGAAUGGUUGAACAAUCCAGAGAACGUGCCGAAUCUGCAACAAGCUAUGCGCGAGGCGGAAGAUAUAGAGAAGCCAUUAGAGGACCAUCCGUUGUUCAUGACAGAAUCCGGUUGGAAUACUGCAAAGGCUCGUGAGAAAUGUGCCGAGAUUGCAAUGGAAUCGUGGGGUGCGCCGGCAUUCUACAUCGGACGUCAAGGGGUUAUGGCAGCUUUUGCCUCGGGAAAAGCUACGGCGCUGAUCGUGGACGUGGGCGCCUCGAACACCUCAGUCACACCGGUCCACGAUGGCAUAAUCCUCAAGAAAAGUAUCCAACGCUCUCACCUGGCUGGAAACUUCAUUUCGUCCCAAAUCCGCAACAUGCUCGCUUCCAACCAACCCCAACCCAUCACCAUCACUCCCCACUACCUGAUCAAAUCCAAAACCCCCGUCGACGCCGGCCAACCCGCCAACGCCGUCCUCCGCGACUUUCCCUCCGACUUCACACCGCCCCAAGCCUCCUUCCGCCGCUACCAAGAGGAACGUACCCUCCUCGAAUUUAAAGAACUGGUCGUCCAAGUCUGGCCCGGUCCGACCCCCCUCCUCUCCUCCACCAACGGCGUCACCCAGGAAGAAAUCGCCCGAGGCUACCCAGGCAAGACCUUCGAAUUCCCGGACGGCUACAACCAGCUCUUCACGUCAGAUCGCUACAAGGUGGCUGAAUCGCUCUUCGACCACCGCGCCUACAUCGCCCCACCACCUACCCUCCAAAACCCAGACACACCCUUCGCCUCGUCCCCACCCACCGCCGAACAAACCCUCACCCACAUGAUCCGCAGCUCCCUCUCGCACGUCGACGUCGAUAUCCGACCCCUCAUGCUCGCCAACGUCGUCGUCACCGGCGGCUCCAGCCUGAUCCCUGGUUUCACGGAACGGCUGAACAACGAGCUGCAGCGCAUGUUCCCCAGCACCAGGGUGAGGUUGCAAGCGGCGGGCAACAGUCCGGAGAGGAAAUUUGGCAGUUGGAUCGGCGGCAGUAUCAUGGCCAGUCUGGGCACGUUUCAUCAGAUGUGGAUUAGUAGGAAGGAGUUUGAGGAGCAUGGGAGCGCGAUCGUGGAGAAGAGGUGUAAAUGA